UCUAGAGCAACGAAAGUAGUAUCAUUCGGCUAGUGUGUGCACCACAAUGUCAGCAGCCAUGGAUUCAAUCAGUUGUUCAAUAUGUCUGGAUCUACUGAAGGAUCCGGUGACUAUUCCCUGUGGACACAGCUACUGUAUGGGCUGUAUUAAGGACUGCUGGGAUCAGGAUUAUGUGAUGGGUUUUCUGAUCAGCUGCCCUCAGUGCAGACAGACCUUCAUCCCAAGGCCGGUUCUGAAGAAAAGCACCAUGCUAGCAGAAUUGGUGGAGAAUCUGAAGAAGACAGGACUCCAAGCUGGUACCCCUGCUCACCAUUAUGCUGGACCUGAAGAUAUAGCGUGUGAUGUCUGCACUGGGAGAAAACUCAAAGCUGUCAAGUCCUGUCUGGUGUGUCUGGCCUUUUACUGUGAGACUCACCUCCAGCCUCACUAUGAAUCUCCUACCUUUAAGAAGCACAAGCUGGUCAAAGCCUCCACACAACUAGAGGAGAAGAUCUGCUCUCAUCAUGACAAACUGGUGGAGAUUUACUGCCGUACUGAUCAGCAGUUUAUCUGUUAUCUGUGUACAAUGGAUGAACAUAAAGGCCAUGAUACAGUCUCAGCUGAAUCAGAAAGGACUGAGAGACAGAGCCAGGUGGGGGAAAAACAACAGAAAUCCAAACAGAGAAUCCAGGAUAAAGAGAAUGAGAUGCAAGAGGUGAGACAGGCUGUGUAUUCACUCAAGUGCACUGCAGAGGCAGCGGUGAAGAACAGUGAGAGGAUCUUUACUGAACUGAUCCGCUCCAUUGAGAGAAGGCGCUCUGAGGUGAAAGAGUUGAUCAGAGCCCAGGAGAAGGCUGAAGUGAGUCGAGCUGAAGGACUGCUGAAGCAACUGGACCAGGAGAUGGCUGAGCUGAGGAGGAGAGAGGCCAAGUUGGAGCAGCUCUCACACACAGAAGACAACAUCCAAUUCCUCCAGAGUUUCCAGUCUCUCUCUGUCCCUCUUGGAUCUAAGGCCUUACCCAUCAUCACUUUCAAUCAACACGUCUCCUUUGAGUAUAUAAGGAAAUCAGUCGCUGGGCUGAAAAGUCAAGUUGAAAAGAUCUGCUCUGGGGAAAUUGCCAAGAUCUCUGUAAAAAUGACAAAAGUCCACAUUGUUCCACCUUCUGAGCCCGUUGUCUUCCAUCCUUUGGCACAACUCAGUCUGGACUAUUCCUGUCAGCUCACAUUGGAUCCCAACACAGCACAUAAAGAGCUGCGUCUGUCUGAGGGGAACAGGAAGGUAACAUGGAGUGAUAACGACCAGCUUUAUCCUGACCAUCCAGACAGAUUUACCACCUACGCUCAGGUGUUGUGUAGAGAGGGUCUGUCUGGAGCCUGCUACUGGGAGGUGGAGUGGACCGGAGUGGAGACUGACAUACCAGUCCCCCGCUCCACCAGAGUAGUAGGAAUGUACUUGGACCACAAGGCAGGAACUCUGUCCUUCUACAGUGUCUUUGACACAAUGACCCUUCUCCACAGAGUCCAGACCAAUUUCACUCAACCCCUUUAUCCUGGGUUCUAUGUCACUACGUCUCUCAAGAUACUGACACCGACACAGUGA